AGUUCGCAAGCAAGCGACGGUACGGCUUCAGAUAUGAAUCUCCGGCACGCGCUUCUCUGUAUUGGUGGGAUAGUGUGCCUCCUGUUAGCCCAAUGUUUGAGCGUUCAGUCAUCCCCAGCCGCAGAGAGAAAGGGUGAUGGUCGUGUUUCUUCUCGACCCUACAGGGGCCUGGCAUUGAAUAUGCCGGCAGGUCGAGAUAACCCUGACGUCAUCACCUCGAUCAGUAACCGCACAGUGGUUGUGGGUGAAGUUGUGGCGUUCCGCUGCCGAGCGUACGGCGUACCCAAACCGCGCAUCAAGUGGAGGAAAGAUGGCGUGACCGUCACGCAAUCUCACCACGUACGCGUACGUCACACUGCAUUAGGUUCGCGGCUGCGCAUAAGGAACGCGCAGCUGCGUGACGCCGGUCACUACCAGUGUCUUGCGAAAAACUCGCAUGGAACCAAGCUGUCUGCCAAAGCCUAUCUAAACGUCAGAGAAACAGGAAAAAUGUCUAAAAGUGGGUGUGAGGUGUAUACGGGAUCCCUGUGUGAAUUGACAUCGUUCGUGCACAUUCUCCCUGGCCGGGAUCAGCAUCAGACAGAGUACAAGUUACGCCAGACCCACAAUACAUUGCUGCACACCUACGCUCUCAGUCACUCCUGUCGUAAGCACCUUCUUCCUUAUCUUUGCCGCUUACAUUUCCCAGCAUGCUCUGCGCGAGCUAGUAACCCACCACGCAGGGUAUGCCGGGAAGACUGCUUGAGUUUGCAGGUGAAGUGGUGCCGACGCGAGUUGAAGAUUUCGCGCGCUUUUCGUGUUCAGCUUCGCAAGAUUGUCACGUGUGGGGACCUGCCAGCAGCGGGCAAAGGUCACAAGCCAUCAGGCUGUGUUCACGUGUUUGAGCGAAGAAAGCCGAAACAAACCCCACUUCAAAGCAACCCACCAAGCACGUGUAUGCAGUACACUGGUAGUGUGUGUAAGUCGUUCUAUGAACCUGGUCAACUGAUAGCUAUGGAUAGCAGGCGAGUGGCCUCACUAGAGCAUGAUUUGCUAAGGACACUCACGCGAUUAGAUGGCUACAUCUCACCCAAAUGCGGCAAACAUCUUACGAAAGCUCUCUGCUAUCAUCUCUUUCCGCCGUGCACCAAGAACGCCAUCCAACGACCCAUCUACAUCUGCAAGGCCCAGUGCGAGAUUCUGAAGGGCAGUGUCUGUUCCAAGGAGUUUCGUUUUGCUGGACUGUUCCAGGAAGAUAGUCACGUCCUACCGACUUGUGAGAGACUUACCAACAACAAAAAUGGCCACGGUCCUUGCUUGGACCUUGGCUUUGCUCUCCGAGUAAACAAAUCUCGACUGGUCUCAGGCGCAAACGGGUUUGGUCGCUGCUCCUCAUUCCUCAUGCGUGCCCGAAAGAACAACGCUAUGUUCCCCAUGGUACAUCCCAUCGUCAACAAUUCCUACUCCUGUGGUCGCGCCUCGAAAUCCGUAUUUACCGCUGCUGCUGGAAUAGCUUUUCCAAUUGGAGUACAGCGCCUUCUCUCACACGUUCAGAGUGACAUCAACAAGGGCCACGUUUCGUUAUCAAGGUCACAAGAUGGAACGAUUCGGUACUGCAUCCGCGCACGAAUGGUCCUCGGCUCCUUAGUGCAAGGGUGGAGCCCCUACCGCACAUCUAGUCUCCUCCCUCGCAUGGUGCGACCCCCCGACUCCACCCUAGUUCCCGGGCUGGAAGUCACACAGAGCCGAGGCGAGAUCGCCAUACUUGUACCUCUCGGGUCAGCCGCUGUUUACCAUGCGCACGCUAAGAUCGACCUCCAUGACGUCAAAUUCUAUUAUAAGCAGACUCUGGCGAAUGGAUCUUUGGAUGGGUCAUUUAUCGCACGUGGAACGUUCAAACUUUGCGAGACGGUAUUCGUGGUGGAGGUGACGCGCACGAAGAAAGGUCCGCUUAGGAUCACGGGGAAUUCCUCCUCGCCCCUGGAUAUCGACUCUAUUGAGCGUGUGUUCGGUGUAGCUAUGCCUUCUAGCAUGCUCUUUAAGGCGAUAAAGCGUUCGGAACUACUCGUCAUGCGCCUGAUGAAACCAUCGAUCGAUGCGCACGUGGAUAAGCACGUUUCUGUGCGUUUUGCUGGAUUGUCCUACAUGUACAUUUACAGGGACGCGCGGCCAAUUAACCUCGAGUUCUAUGCCGGUAGGCACCACCAGUCAAACCUGUUUGUAGCCGGUUUGACCAGUAAGCAGCUGACCUUCAACGAAGCACUGGAGACGUUUACUGGCCUCAAUCUGCCUUAUUUGGAUUUCAUCGAAAGUUUUACUGACUCUACGGUCGGCGUGCUGGUUUCCACUUCUGCUAUCAGUCCGUCCUUCCAUCCGCGCAUCCAGUUGUCCACCAAACCGCUGUCCACAGCCCUUGUGGGGUCGCUGCCUCGCGGGCUCACCAUAGUGUCUCGCAGUAAACUCCCUAGCGCCUGCGACAGUAGCAGACUAUGUCAGCUUCUGCUGGUUGUGUUUGGCCGCGGAAGCCGCUUUACAACAACCAUGUCAGCCAAUCAGGAUCGAGUUUCAAUCAACGUCGCGUUGGAUAAAGUGUCCCAGGACGCUUUGGUGGCAUACGAGUCGGCAGAGAUUACCCUGAAGGUGAUGUACGGCAACAUGACCUUGCUUGAUGUUCUUCCCUACUUGACAUUCAACGUGCACGGCAACAUCCGGGUAUCUCACAAUCCCCUGAAGAGCCUGCAGUUCGUCGGUCAGCUGGAGUAUGAUGGCAUCUCGUCCAGGCUUGGUGGCAAGUUCAGCAGCGCUCAUGAGUGGCGUGACGCAUUUGGCGUGACAUUCCUCACCGUCAAGAACCUCAGUGUCAGGUUUUCCGCGCCCACUGACACCAUGAGCUCCCAGGUGGACGCUACCGUCACCACAGAUGCCGUGUUCGAGUUUGGAGUCGGGUGUCAAAAUCAUCACAAAGACAGGACAAGUUGUAUCUCCGGAUACGCACAUCUUGGGCUCUCCGAGAAUGUGGCCGAGCACUUCUUCUAUGGGAAAGUACAGUCUUUGACGCUACAACAGCUUCUGCGCGCCUGCAAUAUUCAGAUCAGGCUACCAGCGGCACUCGGAGACAUAGGCUUCCCAGAAGGACUUACGGUAUCCGUCGCUAAGGUCCCACAAGACUUGCGACCCGAGGGGGGUCCCCUAGUGCAGUCUGGCCUAUCCCUGGUGGGGAGGAUGAGCGUGCUCGGAGUCGAGUCCGACGCUUCUGUCACGCUGCUGCCAAACGAGUUUGUCAUCGACUCUGAUGUGACCGGUGAUGACAUUGUCGGUGUUGAUGACGCUACCCCUCUGAAGACGUUCGACCGCCGAUACGGCCCCAAGCUCUACCUCAAGACUCGCAUAGACCCCACGCCCUUCCUACAGGCCCAUAUUGACGGAUACGCGCGUAUCUUCGGUGUCUUUGACGAGAUUCGAGUGUUGGUUACGCGAGAGGGCACACAAAUCAAGAUGGUUGCAGACCUUCAUAAGUCCAUCAAGGCGUACCUGUACAUGUCGUCAAACUACAGCCGCCAUAUAAACGCCACGCAUCUACAGGCACGCAUCAUCUUCCGCAAUGGCCUCUCGAAGCUCACCCGAUUGGCGUCCAAACACGUCGUAUUCAUGCUAGAAAAAGAGAAAUCCCAGCUAAAAAAUGCGGAAGGAGAGGCAAAGAGGCGGCUGAAACCUUGUCUCAAGACGGCGAAACGCGUGUGCGGGGCGUGCCUCGACAGACCAAACUGCCGCGCAAUCGUAGCCACGUGCUCACGCGAACAACCCCAUAACUCUGGACGGAGCCUACAGACACUCUGUCAGCGGGCACUCUUUGACGGUUGCCAUGACAGCAACGGCACGUGUAAGAUGAUCUGCGAUGUGAUUGGUGUUAAGCUGAAUGGCAGUUGUAAGGCGUACAGAGACGCGGCGCGUACCCUGCAGGACCUGGAGCGCAGUCUCAAGUGGGUCAAACAAGCACAGCUCUUCAUCACUGGCUCCAUCUUCCAGAUUCACGGCAUAUCAUUCGAGGCGCACGCGACGCUACACAACUUGAUGAACGUGCAUGUAGACACCACCUUCGACUGUACAAUAUUCGGCCAGCGGCACCGAUUGAAAGGGCUAAAACUUAGACUAGAUGCCUUCACUCAUCUCGCCUCCGAGGUGGCGCGAUACGCAGUCACAUGGUACGGAAACAAAAAUCACUCACGUUACUAUGGAAAUAGACCUAAGAAAUCGUUCCAGUGACGUGACGUGAACAAGCUCUUUUACGUUACUGUGGUAACAGACCCAGGGAAUUUUUCCGGAAAGCCCUUUGAGGAGCAGAAUUUUCAAGAGGGGCCCUGAAUAGCGAGAGAUGCUUAUCAAGGAAGACUAAUUAUGACUCAACCAGAGGAUGUGUAUAUUUUUAUUGUUUCGUUGUAAAUACACAAAUGAAGUGCACGGAUAUAAACAGGACCUAGACUCGUGUGUCAUAUAGUAUUUAUCGAGUAAACUUUAAACACGAAUUACUGCCCAGUCAAGAAAACAGCAAGUAAUUGGUUAUUAACAAAUUUUUCACUCCCAGUCGUUAUAGCCUAGACCACCCUGCAGCGCAGGCACACUUAGCCGUUAGCUCAUUAAAAUGUAAUCAAGAGAUGAUAACCCUAGACCACCCUGAAGAACGGUCAUCAAGCUUGUGCUAUUAUAGGGCCAUUAGCGUAAUAGGUCUCUCGCGUGUCUUGAUGGAGACGCCGUUCGGUGCAACACGCGCUAAUGUUGUUCCUUUUUGCCGACCACACGCACCGCGGCAGUUCUGCUGUCAUCGCUAGCCCUUCUAAACUAAGCGAUGGAUGUCCAGGCUUGCACCUUUGCAGUACCUCGAGUAUUUUUCAUAAAUUUUGUUGCGUUUUCCAUAGAGAAAAUCUUGUGAAUGUACGUAGCAGCUACGAUAACCGAUAUGUAUAAUUAGUUAUACGAGUUCACUCAAGUUCAAAUAAAGGUUGAAGUUUUAAGCUA